UCUAAUGGCUUACAAUCUUCUUAUUACCGUGCUCCUCGUACUCGCUUCCCUCUCUCUAGCCUCCUGUUAUUCUCAUCCCACAAGAGAUGUCUUGUUUAAACAAGACGAUGUUGAAUCAUAUUCUAUGACCACGAGUCAGCAAGGAUCAUCGAUGCUUGAUGUUGAAGGUCUAGUGAAAGCUCGAAGUCUUCAAGUUCUAUUCGCUGGCUCAAAAGUGGCUGUGAAUAAAGCUUCCAAGAGUAGUGGUUCAAAGAAGAGAAAACAUAAGAGCAAAGUAGGAUCACUGGAUGUUUCAGCCGUUGUUGGAAUCAUAAUAGCAGCAAUUGUGGUUACUAUUAUCAUCAUCUAUGUUAUAUAUUUUUUCUAUGUGAAGCACAAAACAAAAAAGGCUCAAAGUCUUGGACAAGAGAAAACAAAUGGAUCAUCGGAAAAUCAGACUUCCAAAACAGAGGAUAGUGUCUAAAAAGAACUUCAUGAUCGCUAUCAUCACUUCGGUGGAACUAUUUUUUUUUUCUGUGAUCUUUUAUUAGAACUUGA